UAUUCGCAUCUACAUUAAUCUACAUAGUCUUCUUGUCUAUAUAUAACAUAAUCUGCAAUCAUAUUAUCGAUAACAAAGUAAAAAAAUAUGGAAUAUCGCACUCUAGAUGUCAAUCUCAUUGCUGCAAAAGGCCUAAAGAACGUCAAUCUUUUCUCCAAACUCGAAGUCUACGCUGUCGUUACCGUCUUUGGUGGCGAUCCUCGAGCGAAACAGAGGACCCCGACGGACAAGAUUAAUGGCGUCAAUCCGACGUGGAACUUUCCGAUGAAGUUUACUGUGGACGAAGUGGCGGCGCAGCAAAAUCAUCUGACUCUUGUCAUAACGUUACGUGCCGAACGGGCUCUUGGGGACAAAGAUGUUGGGGAAGUGCGUGUGCCCAUGAAGGAGAUCAUGGUGGAUAGUAAGGGAGUUCAGUUUGUUAGUUACCAGGUUAGGAAGGCUUCUGGGAAGCCCAAGGGAGAGUUGAGGUUUUCUUAUGAGUUUAGCGAGAAAAUCGCGGGAGUAAGUCACGUGACUUCCAAGUCGGAUGAGCCUGUCACGGCUUAUCCGGCUGGGGCUCCGGGUGUCGGGUCGAGUUCGGGUUAUCCACCGCAGGCGGGUGCAUAUGCACCCGCAGGGUAUCCGCAGGGUGGUCAACCAGUUGCGGGUUAUGGAUAUCCACCACAACCACAACCAGGUUAUGGGUAUCCACCGCAACAACCGGGUUAUGGAUAUCCGCCCCCUCCGCAACAGGGGUAUGGUUAUCCUCCACCACAACCGGGUUAUGGGUAUCCACCGCAACAAGUGCAGCAGCCAGCUAAAAAGAGUAAGUUUGGAGGUGGUGGAUUGGGGUUGGGAUUGUUGGGGGGUGCUCUUGGUGGAUUGUUGAUUGGUGACAUGAUUUCGGAUGGGUUCGAUGAUGGAGGUGGUGAUUUUUGAUGGGGUGUAAUUAACUUAUACGUUUUAUAUAAUCUUUGGCGAGUACCAUUUGAAAUUAUAGUUGAUGUUGGAUGUCAAGUUUGCAUUUGAAUAAGAUCAGUAUCUUGUA